GGGGGCGCCGCUCGCAGCCCGGGAGCACGGGCGAGCGGCAGAGGCCGGCCCGGCGCGGCCAUGGACCGCUUCGUGUGGACCAGCGGCCUCCUGGAGAUCAACGAGACGCUGGUGAUCCAGCAGCGCGGGGUGCGCGUCUACGACGGCGAGGAGAAGAUAAAAUUCGAUGCGGGGACACUUCUUCUUAGUACACACCGGCUGAUUUGGAGAGAUCAGAAAAACAAUGAGUGCUGCAUGGCCAUUCCUCUGUCCCAGGUUGUGUUCAUCGAAGAACAGGCGGCCGGAAUUGGGAAGAGUGCCAAAAUCGUGGUUCAUCUGCACCCAGCUCCUUCUAACAAAGAGCCCGGUCCAUUCCAGAGCAGUAAAAACUCCUACAUCAAACUCUCCUUCAAAGAGCAUGGCCAAAUCGAGUUUUAUAGGCGUUUAUCAGAGGAAAUGACACAGAGAAGGUGGGAGAAUGUGCCAGUUUCCCAGUCAUUACAAACAAAUAAAGGCCCCCAGCCAGGAAGAGUAAGAGCUGUAGGGAUUGUAGGGAUUGAAAGGAAACUGGAAGAAAAAAGAAAAGAAACUGACAAAAACAUUUCUGAGGCCUUUGAAGACCUUAGCAAGCUAAUGAUCAAGGCUAAGGAAAUGGUGGAGUUAUCAAAAUCAAUCGCUAAUAAGAUUAAAGAGAAACAAGGUGAUGUCACAGAAGAUGAGACCAUCAGGUUUAAGUCCUACUUGCUGAGUAUGGGAAUAGCCAACCCAGUUACCCGGGAGACCUAUGGCUCAGGCACGCAGUACCACAUGCAGCUGGCCAAACAGCUGGCUGGAAUAUUGCAGGCACCGCUAGAGGAACGUGGGGGAAUCAUGUCGCUCACAGAGGUGUACUGUUUAGUGAACCGAGCUCGAGGGAUGGAGUUGCUCUCACCAGAAGAUUUAGUGAAUGCAUGCAAGAUGCUGGAGGCGCUGAAAUUGCCUGUCAGGCUUCGGGUUUUUGACAGUGGUGUCAUGGUAAUUGAGCUUCAAACCCACAAAGAAGAGGAGAUGGUGGCCUCAGCCCUGGAGACAGUUUCAGAAAGGGGAUCUUUAACCUCAGAAGAGUUUGCCAAACUUGUGGGGAUGUCUGUCCUCCUAGCUAAAGAAAGGCUGCUUCUCGCUGAGAAGAUGGGCCAUCUUUGCCGAGAUGACUCCGUGGAAGGCUUGCGGUUCUACCCAAAUUUAUUUAUGACACAGAACUAAGAAUUUUGUAUCUGAUAGACCUUUGUCAAUACACUUGGCAUCGUGCCAAGGUCAGAUGACAUUGAGUUAAGCGAUGAACACAAAUAAACCAAGAAUUUGUUAGAACUUCACAGGAUAAUAUAAAACUCUUACUCUUUCCCUAAAAUUAUGGUCUCAGAAGUAUAUUUACAUGUAGGAAAAGACAGAACAGUGAAUGGAUAUGCAUUUAAAGUCAUGCUGUACUUGUGUAGAACUCCUGGGAUUUCACUUGAAACAUGGUGGAUUUUAAUUUGAUUCUUGAAUUUAGAUCCUCAGGGGGAGAAGAAGUAAAGUUGCAUGUUUGGAUCCAUAAGGUAAUCAUUUUUUCUGUGACUAAACUUCACCAAAUUGUGAAUGUUUUUCUCUGCAUCUGACAUGCCCAUCUUGGGCAUUCAUGAAGGAAGCAAUAGCUACACUGUAGUUCAAGAACCAAUAGCACUGGAAUAGAAGGUCGGAUUGCAGAGUGCCUGCCAGGCGCUUCCUCGGGGCUUGGGAAGCAGACCUAGGUAUAUCUCUCCCCGGUCAGAUAAAACACCUUUAAAAAGGCUAGGGUCUAGCUUACUUGGCGAGCAUUUGCCUAGAAUACAGAGGCCUUUGAUUUCAGACCAACCACCCCAAUAAUGGGGGGGGGGGGAGAAAUUGUUAAGCACUUACUCCUCAGAUUCUUUGUAGUUUUUAAGUGAUAAUUUCAUGACUGGCAUUUUUAAAGACUCCAGCAGUAUGAUUUUGUUUAAGAAAUGUGGAUUUGGACACUGAAUGAAAGAGCUAUAUAGACACACCCAGAGCUGUAAGUACAAGUCUGAGAGUUGGACAGUUCUGGAAAGGCAUUAACUGCAUAGGACCUUAAGUGCUCUUCUUCUGGAAGCCAAGGGUGUGAAACAGGAAGGUUGGCAGAUCUCCUUUCUCCUCACAAGGAGUCCCAACGCUCAACUAGAGACAUUACUAUCGUAGUCCAGCCAUUUGCCCUUCUUCACGCCCUACAUAUUUUAAGUUGUGUGGAGGAAACAUCAGAGAAAAAGGAAAGUUUUUGAUAGCAAAACCUGGUGUUGCCGGGCGAUGGUGGCGCACGCCUUUAAUCCCAGCACUCGUGAGGCAGAGGCAGGUGGAUCUCUGUGAGUUCGAGACCAGCCUGGUCUACAGAGCUAGUUCCAGGACAGGCUCCAAAGCCACAGAGAAACCCUGUCUCGAAAAACCAAAAAAAAAAAAAGAAAGAAAGAAAAAAACUGGUGUUAUCAUCUCUAGAUGGCUGGAGUUAAGUAGGUUGCCUGACUUUAUGGAUUGCACGUUGGCAUUACCUCAGACUCAGGGAGUCAGUCCUUUCUGAAGCUUAGCUGGAAGAGGAAGGGGAGGGACAGUGUCGCCCGGGAGCUACAGGGAGGGUGCCCAGACACACAGUCGCUUGAGGGUGCCUUGCAGAUGAGUUGAGGCCACUGCAUGGCUGUGGAGAAGUGCCAGUGUCUUCAGCUGCAAACCAGGGAACCCCACUCCUGAUCCCUUCCUGGGAAGUGACUGCCCACUGCUUCUGUCCUGCAGUAUUAAUGAGAACGCUGCAGCCAAGGCAGCCUCCUUCAGUGUGGUUUUCAAAUCUGUCACUUAAUUUCAAGUAUGGUGACAUCUCCCCUGAUCACCUCAUUGUUUAUCUCAGGUUUACUUUAUGGUUAAUUCAGUGUUGGCUACCAAAUCGUCUAGGAAUUGUUUAGACCAUCGUGUCUGUUAGUAUGUCUCACCGCUAUCUGGACUGCACGUAGUCUGUCACGUGACUCUGGCAGACUUCUCCGCGCGCUCGAGCGCGCGCACACACACACACAUACUCCUUAUCUGACUGAGGGCCUUUAAGUCAGCAGGUUACUGAUCAUCAGCCCUACCACUUGGGUUGGUUGUGAGGUUAUUGGGUUAUAGGAGCUGCUGAAUCCAGCUCUAAUGGUUUGGAUUCAUCACAACAAACACAAAAUACAUUUGUUUAUUCAGUGUGACACCCGAUCAACAAAAAUGGAGCAAUCUGAUUUGUAGAAUGUGAAUGAAAGAUGAAAAGUGACAUAAAUAUACUUUGAAAAAGUCACAUUAACUAAAAAAAAAUUUAUUUUUCAAUCACUGUUUCCAGAUCUUGGUUUAUCUGUUUGACUUUUUUUCUUGCCAAAUGUGUUGUUCUGGUCCUUUUGUUGCAGGCUGUCUUUAAAUACAAACCAAUCAAACCUAGGUGCAAAAAUGUUCUGCUUUGGUGCUCAUCACUGUAAUUUUUGUUCUCACGUUGCUCUUAGGAGAAUGAGUCUCUUUGUAAAUUUACAAUGGAAUAGUUUAGUUAUGUAAAGAAAAAUAAUUUACAUUAUGUAAUCAAAGGCCGUUUCCAGGGUUAGAUGAUCGGUGUUAAUGUAGAUAGAGUCAAAUUAUUGUGAAACUUUAAAACUAAUUUUCUUAACUUGGUGUUCUUUUUAAAAUUCUCUGUAAAAUACAUGAAAAUGAUAAAUGUUUAGUCACACUAAGCCAGUAUGAGAAUUUUUCUAGAUUAUAAAGCAUUGCUUAUGAGUUGUCU